AUGACUUCAUCAUUUCCAAACCCUCCAUUAUUAAAGACAACUAUUAUUCAACUUAACAAAGAAUUGGAUCCAGAUGACAACAACUAUGAGAUCUUAACCAAUGAAUAUAACAAGUCCAAUUCAUCUAACGGUGCUACUACUGCUACUAAUGGUAGACCACUUGAUAUUGUAACUAAUCAACAACAAUUGAACCUGCAACAACCAAACAAAAAGAAGAGAAGAAGAUCUUCAGUUAAUGUUGAUUCAGAAGAAUUGGCUAAAAGAAAACAUGAAACUAAACAAUUACAUUCAAUAAUUGAAAAGAGAAGAAGAAUUAAAAUUAAUCGAGAAUUUGAAGCUUUGAAAUAUUUGAUACCUGCUUGUAGAAGUACUCAUGCUUCCACUAAUCAAGCUAAUAAUAAGGGAGGAGCUGCUGCUGCCAAUAAUAAUAACAAUAAGAUUGAUGGGAUGUAUAAAUUAACCAUUUUGAAAUCUUCCGUUGAAUAUAUUUUAUAUUUACAUCAUAUAAUACGGAAGCAACAUGAAUUAUUAUCUUCAUAUACUUCAACUCAUAGUGAUUUUAGUAUUGACUUUGCAAAGAUACCUUUAGAUGUUAACCAAUAUAGAAAUAUCGAUAAGGAUUUUAAUUUCAAUGAUCUUUUACAACAACAACCACAAUCAUUACAACAGCAGCAACAACAAAUACAACAACAGAUGCAGGAACAAUCAUACCAACAACAACCUUAUCAACAAGCUGUGCUUCCUAAUUCACAACCUUUCUACAAGACAAAUUCAAUUGCUGAAGAACCUGAAGAAGAACCCGUUCCUAUUCAACAAAAUGCAAGUACUAGUAGUAGCAAUUCAAGUACAAGAACUGCAACUCCUCAUGUUACUAAUUUCACCACCAGUAUUCCAACCUCGACUUCUUCAAGUAUUCAUGAAUUACCAAAACGUUCUCCAAACAUGACUCCAGAAACUACUCCAAUACUUACAAUGUUGAACAAGUACACUAAUAUACAAUAUGGAUCUAGAAAUUCAUAUUCUCCACAACAUAUGGGUAUGAGAUCAACUGAUCCAUCUCCAUUCACGAAUCCUUUGAAAUCUACAUUAUCAUUUUCACCGUCAAUGUUGGGUAGUGCUAAUCUAAGCGCUAUUGUCGCCGCUUCUACUGCCAUGGGUGGGGUUGGGACUGGUGCAGCAUUUAAUAACAAUCAAUUCAUUUUACCUGAUCCAGCCAUAAAUCCUAAUAUUAAAUUGGAAGUACCUAAACAAAAAGUAUUUAAACCAGUAGGUCCACUUGCACUUGAUAGAGAAGAUUCUGUUUCAGCUGAUCAAGAUGCUGCUUCCAAGACUUUAUUGUCCUUGAAAAGAAAAUCAAGUAUUGAUCGCUUGUUGAAUUAA